UUUUUGGAGAGAGAAACUCACUACUUUUCUAGACAGAGAAACUCACUCACUACUUUUCUGGAGAGAAAAACAGAGUGUGGUUUUUUUUUUCACAGUGUAGCAACCUCACCACUCCAACCAAUGAACCAACCAUCUCUCUCCACCUUUCUCUAACUACAAUCCGCCAUUUUUAUACCUUCAUUCUUUUUCUCUCUCCUCCAUUUUCCUUUCAGCCCCCUUUUCAAUUUUAUUCCCCUUCUAGUUCAAUUCGCGCAAAAACCCUAAUUUUCUCUCUCCUAAAAAAGUCCCCCUUUUCCAGUUGAAUUUAACCCCAUUGUUAUUAUCAUCAUCAUAAUUUAACCAUUUCCCCCAAAAGUAUGCUUCUCCCAUUUUUCUUCUUCUUCUUGUUUUUCGUCUUCCCAAUGUACAGUCACUCGUCAACCUAACUUUAAUCGAUUUUCUCUCUCCUAGGUUUUUUUUUUCUCGGCAGUCUUAGCGAUGUUUUUCGGUUGUAGGGGUAAUAUUAGUUGUAGUAGUAAUGGUAGUGUGGUUUUCACCAUUUUUUCUCUCCUAAUUUUGAAUUUUCUCACUCCAUCGCUAGUUCUCUGCAACUCAGACGAAGUUCGAGCUCUAUUAGAGUUCAAAAAGGGGAUCAAAGAUAACCCACUUGGGAAAAUCGUUACAACAUGGAAUGCAACGGCUGUCGCAACUGCUUCAGAUCUCGAUUCUUGCCCCACCUCCUUCCAUGGCGUCGUUUGCGACGAUGCAACGAACUCCGUCGUUUCCAUUGUUCUCGAGAGCUUGAAUCUCGGCGGUGAGUUGAAGUUUAGUACCCUAAUUGGGUUAAAAAUGCUCCAAAAACUGAAUUUAAAGGGGAAUAAUUUCACUGGUAGAUUAGUUCCCCAAUUAGGUUCAAUGAGCAAUUUGCAGUUCUUAGAUCUGUCGGAUAAUCAGUUUAUUGGUCGGAUCCCUGACCGAAUUCACGACCUCUGGAACUUACAGCACUUGAAUGUGUCAAAUAAUCGGUUUUCCGGGGGUUAUCCUGCCGGAAUUCAGAACCUCCAGCAGCUAAGGGUUUUGGAUAUGCAUGCGAAUGAGCUAUGGGGUGAUAUUGGGGUGUUCUUCUCUGAGCUGAGGAAUGUGGAGCAUGUUGAUUUGAGUAUGAACCAGUUUUCGGGUGAGCUUCCGGUUGAUCCUUCUAGUGUUUCGAGUUUGGGGAAUACAAUUCGACAUUUAAACUUAAGUAGUAAUCUGCUGGGUGGGAAGUUCUUGUCAGAUGCUACAUUGUCAUUGUUCCAGAGCUUGGCAGAAUUGGAUUUGGGGGAUAAUAUGAUUGGGGGAGAGCUUCCUUCUUUUGGCUCGUUGAACAAUUUGAGGGUUUUGUGUCUGAGAAACAAUCAAUUGUAUGGAGAGAUACCUGGGGAGCUGUUGACUACUUCGAUUCAUUUGAUUGAACUGGAUCUUAGUGGAAAUGGGUUUUCGGGCUCUAUCCGUGGCAUCAACUCAACAACAUUGGAGAUACUUGAUUUGAGUUCAAAUAGGUUAACUGGGAGCUUCCCAGAAUUCAGUGCUCAAUCAGGUUUGACUACUUUGAGAAUCAGUAACAACUCUUUAGAAGGUCGCUUGCCCUCUGAAUGGCGUCAGUUUCCGAGAUUAUCCAAGGUUGACCUGAGCAUCAACAACAUGGCUGGGCCGAUUCCAUCUGCUUUAUUUUCGUUGAACUUGAUAAACUUAAAUCUUUCUAGAAACCAUUUCAAUGGAGUAAUCCCCUUCCCGGAAUCUACUGUUGGCGAAUUCUUGGCCCAGCCUGUUUUUGCACCCUUGGAGUCCUUAGAUCUUUCCGAUAAUUCAUUAGUAGGUGGUCUUUCCAAAGAUAUAAGAUUCAUGGGUAGGCUGAGAUCAUUGAAUCUUGCAAAAAAUAGUUUAUCAGGACAUAUACCAAGUUCAUUGGACCGUAUUAAUGGGUUGGAAUCCCUUGAUUUGUCAAACAAUCAAUUCGAGGGUCACUUACCUGGUACGCUUCCUUCAAGUCUAAAAGCAUUGAAUGUGACCUAUAAUGAACUGUCAGGUACAGUUCCUGAAAGCUUGAGAACAUUUCCACCGAGUUCAUUUCAUCCAGGAAAUGAGAAGCUGGUUAUCCCAGGUGUCGAAGGACCACCGAAUGGUGGUUCAAAUUAUAUAUCUGGAAAUAAAGGACAUCGACGUUCAAAGUCGUCUAGCAUCAAGAUUGCCAUUAUUCUUGCCUGUGUUGGGGCUGCUCUAAUGAUUGCAUUUGUUGCACUAGCUUAUUACCGUGCUCAUCAUGGGUUUCAUGGGAGUAGCAAAUUCAAUGGUGCAACAACUGGAAGAGAUGUUAAAGUGGGAAGGGUUACUCGGCCUUCACUUUUCAAAUUUCAUGCUGGCUCUGAGCCUCCGGAAACGUCAAUGAGUUUUUCUAAUACUCAUUUACUGACUUCGAAUUCAAGGUCAUUAUCAGGUCAGGCUGAACUUGUGACAGACAUAUCUGAGCGUGCACCUGUGGCAGCAGCAUCUAGUACUUCUUAUGUGAAGCACAAUCUCCCUGAUAAUCCUAUAGUGACAUCAGCACGGAGGUCGCCUCCAGGUUCUCCAUUGUCAUCCUCACCCCGUUUCUUUGAGACAUCUGAACAACCCGUAACAUUGGAUGUCUACUCACCUGAUCGGUUUGCUGGAGAGCUGUAUUUCCUUGAUGCAUCACUUGCAUUCACAGCUGAGCAGUUAUCUCGAGCCCCAGCUGAAGUUCUUGGUCGAAGUAGUCAUGGUACAUUGUACAAGGCCACACUCGGUGGUGGACAAAUGUUAACAGUAAAGUGGCUGAGGGUAGGAUUGGUUAAAAGUAAGAAAGAAUUCGCAAAGGAAGUGAAAAAGAUUGGUUUAAUGAGGCAUCCGAAUAUAGUUCCAGUACGAGCUUAUUACUGGGGCCCCAGAGAACAAGAGAGGCUUAUUUUAUCAGAUUAUAUCAAUGGGGAUAGCUUGGCACUUCACCUGUACGAAUCCACGCCCCGAAGAUAUUCUCUUUUGUCAUUCAGUCAGAGGUUGAGAGUUGCUGUUGACAUUGCACGCUGCCUGGUCUUUCUUCAUGAUAGAGGCAUGCCUCACGGAAACCUGAAGCCAACAAACAUACUCUUAAUGGGGCCUGAUCUCAGUGCCCGAGUGACUGAUUAUGGUUUACACCGCUUAAUGAUGCCUGCUGGAGUUGCUGAGCAGAUUUUGAAUCUUGGGGCACUUGGUUAUUGUGCUCCUGAACUUUCUAAUGCUUCCAAGCCAAUGCCCUCAUUGAAAGCUGAUGUGUAUUCAUUUGGAGUGAUUAUUAUGGAAAUUUUGACAAGAAGAAGUGCUGGUGAUAUCAUAUCAGGGCAAUCAGGUGCUGUUGACCUAACAGAUUGGGUUCGGCUCUGCGAUAAAGAAGGGCGGCGCAUGGAUUGUAUAGAUCGCGACAUUGCAGGGAGGGAAGAACCCUCGAAAGUGAUGGACGAUAUGCUCGGUGUAUCUCUUAGGUGUAUUCUUCCUGUAAAUGAGCGGCCUAACAUUCGACAAGUCUUUGAAGAUCUAUGUUCAAUAGCUGGUUGAUAAAUCUGUGUACAUGGUGUCCCUAUUAGUCUCUUACCACAGACUUCCUUUUUGGGUUAAUUUUAUUCUCCCUCCCCCACCCAGCCCCUGUAGCAGUCUUCUUUUCACUUCUGCAACCGGUUCCGAAGGCAGGCUCGAAUGUGGGGUGAUUGAUCUCAUUCAUUUUUUCAAAAUUUUUCUUGUGUAAAGUUACAAUUGAUCCAUUGUUUGAUUGACAUAUUUUUGAGUUUGGUGAUGAUGGUGAACUGAAAGCUGGCUGCAAUUUUUUUGGGCGCCUUCUUUCACCAUCCUUGGUUAAUUUAUUGGUACUAAUGCACUUCCUGAUGUUAGAUCUGACA